GGUCAUAUAAAAGGCUGAGCUUGGUUUUGUCCGGAGAGAAAACGUGGCAAUCUCAAUCCCUCUCUCUCUCUAGUCGUUCGUUUUAUUUUCUAUUGUAAAUUCGAAACCAUUAAUUUCUGAGCUAAUGGCGGAUCAACUCACCGAUGAUCAGAUCUCCGAGUUCAAAGAAGCAUUUAGCUUGUUUGACAAGGAUGGCGACGGUUGCAUCACCACCAAGGAACUUGGGACUGUGAUGAGAUCAUUGGGCCAGAACCCCACUGAGGCAGAGCUCCAGGACAUGAUUAAUGAGGUGGAUGCUGAUGGUAAUGGGACAAUUGAUUUUCCUGAGUUCUUGAACCUGAUGGCCAGGAAGAUGAAGGAUACUGACUCUGAGGAAGAGCUUAAAGAAGCGUUCCGCGUAUUCGACAAGGAUCAGAAUGGUUUCAUCUCAGCUGCUGAGCUGCGCCAUGUGAUGACAAACCUAGGGGAGAAGCUCACUGAUGAAGAAGUAGAUGAGAUGAUAAGGGAAGCUGAUGUGGAUGGUGAUGGCCAAAUAAAUUAUGAGGAAUUUGUUAAAAUAAUGAUGGCUAAGUAAUCAUCCCACUCUCACCAAAACUUCUUGAAGGAAGGCAUUUGAAAAAAAGGGUUAACUUACAUAAUGGGAUCCUUAGUUUGGUCUUUACCAAUUUUACUUUGAUAGUUUCUGAAGUGAGUAGAAGUCUGUAAUGGUGGUGGUAGAACUGUUGUCUCCCUCCCCGGUAUGUCUUUGUGACUUGUUUAGUAUCUUUUUCGGAUUUUAUAUAUUUUUCAUCUUCUGUGAACCUAAACUAGCUUUGCAAAACAUUGCUUUAUGUUGCAUGAGUGAAGCAGUUAAUAAUUCAGCAAUAUUUUUCUUA